GUAGCAGUGACUUUGAAGAGCUGACUACGGUGAUAUGCUGAGGAAACAAUAACAUGGCAACUCCUCUGGAAAACAACCUAUUUAAAAUAAACAUGGAAAGUUAACCAGUUGUUUUAUAAAUCAUUGACAAUAGCCUAGCUGGGAUAAUAUUUUACAAGAAAUAGGACCUGGGGGAUAUACGGAAUUCAAUGAGUUAGAAGCAAGAAACAGUUAAAUCCUGAAAUUUAGGAGCAACAAAUGACCUGAAAACAUAAAAAUAUAAUAAUACAAAAGAAAAAAUAUUCUAGUGGAUAAUAUGAAAAUUCAUUUUGGAAGACAAUAAAGGAUCUCUUGAAUUGAAACGAAACAAGUUAAAGUGGCUUCCUGGAAUUGAUCUAGGCAGUAGGGAUAUCACAUUUACUCUAAAGUCUCAGCAAGAAAUUGGAUAAAUCAGAAACUGAAGAGGAAUCAGUUUCUAUGGUUACUAUAUUAUUACCUUAGUAACUGUUACUAUGCCAGCUAUGAAGCGUGUACAGUUUAGUCCGUAUGACCGUGACAUCAGCACUGAGAUGGCUAAAAGGGCACAGGAGCAAGAGGAAACAAUGCAGGACCAGUUGAAAGUGACGGAGAGUGGCAAGGGGGUGAAGGUACAGAGUGAGAUGCCCCACCUGGUCAGCCUGGGGGGAGGCAGACUCAGCACUGCUGUCACCUUACUACCCCUGCCUUUAGGUUCCACCACUAUUGGCACAGUGCAGGCAAGUAGGCCACAAGAUAUUGUUCUGCAGGGGGAGGGACUGGAGGAUGAACACUGCUGUAUCCUACACAGCUCAGAUAACCGUGUUGUGUUACAUCCAGUAGGCAGAUUGUGUUCCAUAGAUGGCAUCCUAGUCAAUAGGCCCACUCAGUUAACGCAAGGUUGUAUGCUGUGUCUAGGUACAUCCACAUAUCUGAGAUUUAACCAUCCAACAGAGGCUGCCAGAAUGAAGAGUGCCCUACCCCUCACUUACCAUGCGGUGCCUGCCACAGUCUAUGCUACAG